GAAAAAUAUUCAAACAUGAUCGCUACCAACUCCUAAUCUCGUAUGGACACUUUUGAUUUUCCUGAUUGUUUUCAAUUUAUUUAAUCGUUGGAUUUACGUGCACUCUAUCUACCUACUUAGUUGUUGGGUUACUUUUCGUCUAAAUAUUUUCACUGUUACUAUCACUGCCUCAAUACACAAAUUACCUGCAGAGGUUCUAAAAACAGCUCAUCAGUUUAUUAAGACCGUCCAAAUUCCAAAUAUUGCUCCUUGAAACCCCACAAUUGUUUCUAACCUGUCUUGCUCUAAAAAGAGUUGUGCACAUUCACAUCAUGGCUCUAAAUAAAUAUAUGCAUCAACGAAAUAUCUACAAACAGAAAAGGCCCAAUUUCAAAGAAUUGGCUGCAAAGUUUGAUUUUUUCGAUGCAGUAGCCGUAAAAGAUGAAUGUGGUCGGGUUACGCUUGAUUUUAGAAUACCAUCUCACUUGUCGGCCUUGUCUAAAGCGCUGUUAUUGAAUGACUUCGGUCUAAACGUAGACUUUCCAGGCGACCGUUUGAUACCAACAGUUCCUCUGCGUUUGAACUAUAUUUUAUGGUUGGAGGACCUAAUAAAGGGUCUUCAAAGAUUCUCCGAACGUGUAAAGAUUUUGGAUAUCGGCGUUGGUGCAUCUUGCAUUUAUCCGUUGCUAGGCUCAGCGAAAAACUCAUGGCAAUUUUUCGGCACAGAAAGUGACGUAAGAAACUUCAGUCUAGCAAAAGAAAAUGUUGAUAAAAACAAUCUGAGCAAAAGCAUUAAGUUAUUUCACAUAACUGAGAAUACUUCAUCAUUGGAUGUUGUUUUCGGUGGUACAGAAAAUACAACUUAUUUACAUGCUGUAAUGGCCAAUCCUCCAUUUUUUAGUGACACAUCAGAUGCAGUUGGAUCUAACACUUGUCGAUCGCUUAAAAGACCACCACCGAAAACUAUAUCAUCUGCUGCUAGGCAUGAAAGUCAGACUGUGGGAGGUGAAGUGUACUUUUGUAUUCGUCUAAUCCGUGAUAGUAUUCGUUAUUCAACUCGAGUGGGUGUAUUCACUAUUAUGUUGGGUAAGAAGUCAAGUGUUUCUUCAGUUCGUCGAAUAUUACACAAGUUUAAAAUCACUCAAAUAUCUGUGUACGAAAUGUGUCAGGGUCGAAUAAUGCGAUGGGGUGUUGCUUGGACAUUUCUUCCUAAUUUUCAAUUUCCUGAAUCUGAUUUUCGUCGACUUCGUAAAUUAGAACGUCCUCCAUUAACACUGCAAUUACCAGAUCCAGUAACUUGUCUUUCUGAAAAUACAGUUGAUGCUCUUUUGAAUUGGUUAAGAAAUGAAUUUAAACAAUUAGGUAUGAAAGUAUUAGAUCAAAAAAAUCGUGCUGAAAUAGGUGGUCUGCAUUUAAAUAUUACAGCAACAGUAAAUACAUGGACACAUACUAGGCGUAAAAGACGAGAAGCUCAACGUCUUUCAAUGUCUAAACAAUCGGAUACGUUAAACGGUGAGAAUCCAACUAAUAGUGAUUCUGUAUCCAAUGAAAAAGAGUCCAUAGAAAUUGAUGUAAACACAAACACAUUCAGUUCAAACAGUUGUUCAAAGCGUAUACAUGCUUGUAAUUCCGAUAAAGUGAAUCAUUCAUCGCAAUCAAUAAUCACACAAGCAACUACAGAAACAGAAUCGGAAUUAAUAAACCCACCAAAACGAACGCGAGCAUCACUUAACGAUGAAAUCUGUGAUGAAGGUGAAGAUGCUUGGUUUGAUGGAGAUGAUGAAUGUGAGAAUGCUUCCGUCAACAAGAUUAACAAUUCUUCAAUUAAUGAAUUACCAUCUACUUGCUCACAUGUGAUUCAGGCCAAUGUAUUUGUUGAGUAUCUAAAUAUUGAUUCAUUUAAUAAAGAUGUACGUUCAAAAUCAUCAUCUUCGUUAUUUCCACACGGAAUAAAUGACAGUGAUGAAGUAAUGCCUAGUGAUAGCACUAAAUGUGGAGAGACAAAUGUAAAGCUUAAAAGUGAUAUAAGUGAUAGUGAUGAUGACGAUGAAAUGAUUCUUACUGAAGAGAAUCAUGGACCGAUGGUGAUAAAAAUUGCUUGGAUAAGUGGAACAUGUCGAGAAGCAGCUAAUCAAAUUUUGUUUUACUUAAAAAAUCGUUUGAAAUGACGUUCUAAUCUAUUUUAUUUUUUUAACCACACCUACCAACUAAAAGAAAAUAUUGUAAAUAUGCAGUUGCAUUUCUUUUGUAUACAUAAUUCUAGAAAAUCAUUAUUGUACGCCACUCAUUAUUUUUUUUUUACAUUAAAUGUACAAAGCCCUAUAGAGAAAUUAAACAGUGACAUUCCGG